AUGACUUCUGCUCUCCAGCCUCGAGAAUGUAAAGCAACCAAAAAACCCCAGAAGAACUACGGAUUCUACUUGCGUAUUGAGAAAGACACAGCAGGGCAUCUCAUCCGGAACGUGGAAAAGGACAGUCCAGCUGAAAAGGCUGGCUUGAAGGAUGGAGACAGAGUCCUCAGGGUUAAUGGUAUAUUUGUAGACAAGGAGGAACAUACACAGGUGGUGGAGAUAAUCAAGAAGAGUGGGAACUCUGUUGUAUUCUUUGUUCUGGAUGAAGCUUCCUAUCAAAAGGCAAAAAAAGAAGGAGUGAACUUGGAGGAGUUGGGUCAAAAGGUGUCAACAAAACAGCAGCAGGAGCAGCAGUCUCCACCGCUCAGAGCCAAUGGAACAAUCACUGCAGCUCCCCAACCACGGCUCUGCUACCUGGUGAGGGAAAGGAAUGGCUAUGGCUUCUCCUUGAAAACUACAGAAGGUCAGAAAGGAUUGUUCAUAGUAGAAGUAUCACCACAAGGAGCAGCUGCAAAGGCUGGUGCCCAAAAUAAUGAUCGCCUGAUUGAAAUUAACGGAAAAAAUGUGGAAAAUGACACACACGAGGAGGUGGUGGAAAAGGUAAAGAAGUCUGGAAAUCAUGUUAUGUUUCUACUUUCCAAUGAAGAAACGGACCAGUAUUACAGAAGCCAGAAGAUGGUACUGAGCAAAGAGAGUGCCAGCCUAAAAUUGCUUCCCCUCAAACCACGACUUGUUGAGCUCCAGAAGGAAACAAGUGGUUAUGGCUUUUAUCUACGAAUGGAACAAAAUACUGGUGAUCACAUAAUCAAGGAUGUUGAUUCUGGGAGCCCAGCAGCCAAGGCAGGUCUCAAAGACAAUGAUAUCUUAGUGGCUGUCAAUGGUGAACAAGUAGAAGCUCUGGACCAUGAACAAGUAGUGGAAAAGAUUAAGCAAUCAGAGGAAAAAAUCACACUGUUGGUAGUGGACAAGGAGACUGACACCAUGUAUAAACUGGCUCAAAUUUCCCCCUGCACAUACUACCACAAAAUACAAGAUCCAUCUCCAGCUAAAAUGGAGGAAAGAGUGGAGUUGCACACUGAGCAGGAAGUGAACAAGCCAAGAAUCUGCAAGAUGGUGAAAGGGCCCAGUGGAUUUGGCUUCAAUUUGAAUGUGAUCAAGAACAAACCUGGACUGUUCGUCAGUGAGAUACAAAACAAUGGGCCUGCUGACACAGCUGGUCUAAAAGAUAAUGACUUUUUGGUAGAAGUGAAUGGGGUGAACGUGAUGAACGAACCUUAUGAAAAAGUGGUGACAAGAGUGCAGGAUAGCGGUGACGAACUAACACUACUUGUGUGCAGCAAAGAUGCUUACGAAUACCUUCAGCAGCAGAAGAGUCACACUACAGCCUCUACAGUAGAUCCAUUCUACAAUGCUUUUGAACCUCCUGCUUACACAGAAAACCCACCAGCAGAGCCAGAGAGAACCUCACCAGAGCCAAGAGAAAGAGCAAGCUCAUCCUCCUCUUCUCAAUCACUUGCAAGAGACAGUGACAGCAGCGAUGACACACAGUUGUGA